AUGGCAGAGGUGAAGCUUCAUGGAUUUUGGUAUAGUCCCUUUACUUUGAGGGUGGUAUGGACCUUAAAGUUAAAGGGUAUACCAUAUCAAAACAUAGAGGAAGACCGGUACAAUAAGAGUCCUCAACUUCUUCAACUCAACCCAGUACACAAGAAAACUCCAGUGCUGGUUCAUAAUGAAAAGCCUUUAUGUGAGUCCAUGCUUAUUGUUGAAUACAUUGAUGAGAUUUGGCCACAUAACUCAGUGCUUCCUGCUGAUCCCUACGAGAGAGCUUUGGCACGAUUCUGGGUUAAGUAUGCUGAGGAUGAGAUGUUUUCUGCAUUUGUGGCAUUCUUCCGUAGCAACAACGACGAAGAACGAGAGAAGAACGUAGAGAAGGUAUGGGAGGUUCUCACGGUUGUUGAGAAUCAGUGUUUUGGUGAUGAGAAGAAAAUUUUUGGGGGAGACAUUAUCAACAUAGUGGACAUAGCUUUUGGGUCCUUAUUCAAAUUUCUUGAGGUUGCACAAGAUAUUGUCGAAGCAAAGGUGCUUGAAGAUGAGAAAUUCCCUCACUUGCAUUCAUGGUAUAAUAAUUUCAAGGAUGUUCCAGUUGUUAAAGAAAACCUCCCAGACCAUGAAAAAAUGGUGGCUUUUAUUAGGGUUAUUAGAGAAAAACUCUUGGCAUCGUCCUAA